UCACACAGUUCAGUACAACAGUCUGCAACUGCAGAGACACUCUUAGAUCUUUUCUUCAGAAACCCAAGACCCAGCUGAAACCAGACACGCAUCUGAAAAUCAUGGAAAUGCGCUACAGGAAUCCAGAAGAAAUACCAGCCCCAGGUACUACAUUUGUGAAGAAAAGUUCCUGCAGAGCUGCUGUGAUUCUUCUGGGUGUGCUGUGUCUUCUUCUCCUCACUGGACUCAUAAUUCUGGCUUUUCCUUUCAACCAAGACAAAUCUGAGUGGGAAGAGGAGGUGGGCAGACAGAGAGCAUUACAGAUCAGUUACAACAACUUGAAAACAGAACAAGACCAGUUACAGAAAAACUACGACAGAGUGGUUCAAGACAGAGUCCAGCUCCAGAAAAAAGUUGAAGCCUUGACCAAAGAGAAAGAUGAUCUUCAGAGAAAGUUUCAAGAUUUUCAGCAUAAAUGGGUGUAUGUUAGCGGUAGUUUCUAUUACAUGUCUUCAGAGGAGAAAUCCUGGCAAGAGAGCAGACAAGACUGUCUUCAAAAAGGUGCAGACCUGGUGAUUAUCAACAGCCAAGAGGAACAGAACUUUGUGAAUCAGUUAAACAAGUAUUUGUGGAUUGGACUGACUGACUCGGAGACAGACGGGACAUGGAAAUGGGUGGAUGGGACUCGAAUGACCACAAGCUACUGGAAUAGCGGUGAGCCUAAUGGACUCAAAAAUGAAAACUGUGGGCAAAUAAAAAAUUACAACUCAAAAAACAGCUGGAAUGAUGAAAAAUGCUCUAUUUUACACCCCUGGAUGUGUGAGAAGAAAGCUUCCCUAUAACUUCACCUCAAGUCCAUCAAAUAAUGCAUAAAACAGAGCCACAAGAUGCACUCGUGAAAUGAAGCUGGAUAGAAAACUGUGGAAAUUUACAAAGAAACAAGUACACACAGAGGCUUUUUGCUUUGCUUUCAAAAUCAAGAACUCUUUUGUCGCUAUGAACCUUCUCAGUGAUGGAGAUCUGCUCUGGUGUGACUGGUUAUAACAUUGUUAGCUGUAUUUGAUUAAAAACAAUCCCCCGCUUAAAAAUACUCAUCCUAUAGAAAAAGACUCUCUAACCAUAAGUUUUCCAUCUGUAUGUAUAUUUUAUUCUUUUUACUUAGUGUGGCUCUCAUUUACUAUCUAUCUUUUCAUUGUAUUUGAACUACAAUGCAGUGGUAGAAAUUAAAAGUACUUGUGCAUGUAUUAUUUCGCUAGUGCUUUUCAUGUGUAUGCCUUGCCUACCUUUUUAUAACCUUGUGUGUUUGUGGCAUCUCAGAAGCAAGGAGGGAAAUAGUGAACACAAACAGAUUGUACUGAUAUGACUGAACUACACUCGUUGACUGAAUAUCAGAGGGGUGCAUAACCUAAAAGUGGCAGAAUUAUUUAAUUUCUGUUAAGUUUUAGGCUUGCAAGCAUUAAUUGGUUGCUAGCAAUAAUGAAACACAGCAUCUAUGGGAACAAGUUUAAUAUUAUAUUUGGAAUGGGCAAUAUGACAUAUGCAUAAUAUUCAAUAAAUAUUGGAUCUGUUAUUUCUUAAAGAAAGAUCUUUAUAUCCUUUUAUGUCUGUCUGCAUAAACAUUGCUAUUUUAACAUACUUUUUUCAGGUUUUGCAGAAAAACUAACCAGAUAGUCACAAACACAGUCCCAGGAAAACAAUAGAUUACUUAAAUAUACUGGGCCAUGCUUGUGGUACUCAAUACUACUGUGGUUAUAACUGACAGGAAAUAUUCUGUCAGCAAACUGUAUUCAGAUAUUUCCCUUGUUGCAUAUGCCCCACAGCCAAAAUUGAUUAAAGCUGAUAA